GGCAGCCCAUGCAGUGCGGGAUAGAGCAACGAAAGCGACUGCGCAGGGGAAUAUCCGCGACGCAUCCACGACCGACGGCGCAGUGCGAGAGAGAGGAGGGAUGCAGAGCGAGAGAGAAGAGGGAUGCAGAGCGAGAGAGAGGAGGGAUGCAGAGCGAGAGAGAGGAGGGAUGCAGAGCGAGAGAGAGAGAGAGAGAGAGAGAGAGAGAGAGAGAGAGAGAGAGAGAGAGAGAGAGAGAGAUAGGGAGAGAGAGAGAGAGAGAGAGAGAGAGAGAGAGAGAGAGAGAGAGAGAGGGGGGGGGGGGGGGGUGCAGAGCGAGAGAGAGGGGGAUGCCGAGAGAGAGAGGGGGGGAUGCAGAGCGAGCGAUAGGGGGAUGCCGAGCGAUAGGGGGAUGCCGAGCGAGAGAGGGGAUGCUCUCACUCCACUCCCCCUCCCCUGCUCUCACUCCACUCCCCUUCCCCUGCUCUCACUCCACAACCCCCCCUGCUCUCACUCCACUCCCCCUCCCCUGCUCUCACUCCACUCCCCCUCCCCUGCUCUCACUCCACUCCCCCUCCCCUGCUCUCACUCCACUCCCCUUCCCCUGCUCUCACUCCACUCCCCCUCCCCUGCUCUCACUCCACUCCCCCUCCCCUGCUCUCACUCCACUCCCCUUCCCCUGCUCUCACUCCACUCCCCUCCCCUGCUCUCACUCCACUCCCCCUCCCCUGCUCUCACUCCACUCCCCCUCCCCUGCUCUCACUCCACUCCCCCUCCCCUGCUCUCACUCCACUCCCCUUCCCCUGCUCUCACUCCACUCCCCCUCCCCUGGGUGAAUGGGGUUACCCUUUUUUUU